UGCGACACACUUUGUAUUUACAGCCCAAAGCUACAACACUUUGAUUUCUUCCCGUGUUCUGUGUCGUCUGCUCCUCCGUCUCCGUGUCCCGUGUUCUCAGGAGGACGUAACGACGCUUCCGACGGUUUGAACUCCGCUGAAUUUGUUCGCGGAAACAACUUUGUGGCUGCAGGAGUCGGUUGGGUUUUUUUUUUCUUCUUCCUCGUCCUCAGCUGCGUUUCCGACAUGAGAUCAGGUGGAUAGUGUGUGUGUGUGUGUGUUUUUGCUGCUGGCUCGGAGGGGAAACCUGGGACGUGAAGUCUGAUGCUAGGCUGCAGCUGCCUCAGCCGCCAUCAUGUUCACCAAAAAGAAGAAGUCUCGCAUCCAGAUCUCCGCUCCGUCUAACUUUGAGCAUCGUGUACACACUGACUUUGACGAGCAGGAGCAGAAGUUUGUCGGGUUGCCACGGCAAUGGCAGUCGCUCAUCGAAGACACGGCGAAAAGGCCCAAACCCUUCAUCGAUGUGACUGUCAUCACUACUGUAGAGCCGCGCAAGACAAUCGUACGUGGCAGCAAGCUUGGAGCGGACGGCUCUCUGACAUGGCUGCUGGAUGAGUUCGACACUAUGUCUGUGACUCGCUCCAACUCCCUGCGACGAGGCAGCCCUCCCACCCAGCCUCGCAAGGACUCUACCUCUUCACUUGGAGGAGGGCAGGAGAACGGAGAUCCUCACCACAGACACUACUCGCAUUCAGACCGAGACCGGCCCAGACCAGACCACCAGGGUGGAGGUGACCCCCGCCAGAGUCAGCGUACGGUCCGUCCUCAGUGGGACGAGGGAGGCCACGCUCGGCCGCAACAGCAGCCCCGAGGCCAGGAGCCCAGUAGGGCCCACAGAGACAGGCCUGGCUCCGGCCCUCCUCCUCCCCCCCACAGAGACAGAGAGCAUCGUGACCGGGACCAGGAGCAGGGCGUUCACAGGGAUCAACACAGUGACCACAGGCCAAAGUCCAGUUACAUGGUGCGGGACGGCAGCCCUCAGUCUCCCAGGGACAAGAGGCCUCUCUCUGGGCCCAACAUCCGCACCCCAAACCUGCCAGUUUCGGAGGGGGUGAUGAAGACCGCCCAGCAGACAACACGGCCAUUUAACACCUACCCAAGGACGGACAGUGAGGGCGGACGCAGUCCCACAGGACAGCCGGUUCGACACCAUGAAUCGUCCCCUCAAAACGGCCCCUCUGGCGGCUCUGCCCGAGGUUCCUCUGGCUCCAAGCCCCCUAUAAGCCACCCGCACCCUCAUCACACUUCCCACCCGAGCCUGACCCCUGAGGCCUCCCAGCACCCACACACGCCUCACCCCAGCGUUCCAGCCCCCCGGCCCCCAGUGCCCUCCGGGCCCCCAGCAUCAGGUGCUCCACCUCAGGGCCGCUCACCGCAGAGAGAACCACAGAGAGUUUCCCAUGAGCAGUUCAGAGCGGCGCUACAGAUGGUGGUGGAUCCUGGUGACCCACGGACCUACCUGGACCACUACAUUAAGAUCGGGGAAGGGUCCACCGGGAUCGUGUGUAUCGCUACAGUGAAGACCACGGGGAAACUGGUCGCUGUGAAGAAAAUGGACCUGAGGAAACAACAGCGCAGAGAACUCCUCUUCAACGAGGUGGUGAUCAUGCGAGACUAUCACCAUGAGAACGUGGUGGAGAUGUACAACAGCUACCUGGUGGGAGACGAGCUGUGGGUCGUCAUGGAGUUCCUGGAGGGAGGAGCUCUCACUGACAUCGUGACGCACACCAGGAUGAACGAAGAGCAGAUUGCCACCGUGUGUCUGUCUGUCCUGAAGGCGCUGUCUGUCCUCCACACGCAGGGUGUGAUCCACAGAGACAUCAAGAGCGACUCCAUCCUCCUCACUCAUGAUGGACGGGUGAAGCUGUCAGACUUUGGUUUCUGUGCUCAGGUGUCUAAGGAAGUGCAAAGAAGGAAGUCUCUGGUUGGAACGCCGUACUGGAUGGCACCAGAGCUCAUAUCCAGACUGCCUUACGGACCAGAGGUGGAUAUCUGGUCUCUGGGUAUCAUGGUCAUAGAGAUGGUGGAUGGGGAGCCGCCGUACUUCAACGAGCCGCCGCUCAAAGCCAUGAAAAUGAUCCGAGACAACCUGCCUCCCAAACUGAAGAACCUGCACAAGGUCUCCCCUCUGCUCAAGGGCUUCCUGGACAGGAUGUUGGUGCGAGACCCGAAUCAGAGGGCCACGGCCAGCGAGAUCCUCAAACACCCCUUCCUGACGAAGGCGGGUCCGCCGUCCUGCAUCGUCCCUCUGAUGAGGCAGAACAGGAUGAGAUGAGACAUGUGACAGCGAGGCCUCCGGACAGUCGGAGGGCAGCGUGUGCAGGUUCAGAUGGAACAGAAUACUCCUGCACACAGAGGAGGGGCCGUCAGAGGUCAGAGGUCACAGACGAGAGGUCGGGGAAAACUCUGACAGCUGUGAGCUGCAGAGUGGAAGCGGGUGUGCAGGAGUAUUCUAGUUUUCUUAUGUGAAUCACUGAACUGUGGGGAGUGUUUCCCCUCAAAGAGGCAAUAAGACGGCGUGUGUGUGUGUGUGUACGUGUUUGUCUGCCAACAUAUGUUGCUGGCACUGUUAAUGUCGGUGUUUGAUGGCUCAUACGUGUGUGUGUGUGUGUGUGUGUGUGAGUGUGUGUGAGUGUGAGAGCUCUCUCUUGAGGAGAGGCGAGCAGAGAAGCCACAUCCUGCCCGUCGAGUGAUACUUGCCGGUGUGUUUUGAUUGAAGGGGCUGACCUGGAAGAAGCUGAAGGAAUGUGGCUGUUUUUUUAUUUUUCCGUUUGGAUCUUACCUGGAUUUUAAGAGUGACGGUGGGGUUUUGCACACCAGUCGGAUGCUUUGAAGGAGCCGUGAGCCCGUUGGCUGAUUUUAGAGACGUUUUAAUCUCACUACUCGACAUCCUGGAAGCCGAAUUUUCUCACUACGAGGACGUCUGAUCACAGACGUGGACGGUUUUUCCUCACCACGCCCAGAACUUAACUACUGAGGGAGGAAAUCUUUUGACUCUCAAAUGAGUCAAACAGACUUUUAUUUUGUAGCCAUAUAAAUACUAGCUUCCUGUUGUAAACAAGCAAACAUACACUAAGUCAAGAGGUAAACACUGGAGUUGUGUGUUUUUUUUUUUUUUAAACAGAUGAAUUUUUCUCUUAUUUCAUUCCUUUUUCCUGUGUAAGUACAAUGAACAUAGAGAGAUAUAUCAGUUUUGAUGUUUUACUAUCUCUUAUUUUGUGAUUGUUUUUAUUAUUAUUAUUAUUAUUAUUAUGAUUUGUUUCCUGGUUUAUUUUAGAGAGAGAUGUGAUGAUUUUCAAAGCACUGUCGAUGAGAGAUAGAAGCUGCACUCCCGGUUGAUUCCUGCACGCAGAUCACAGACACUAGACAUUUUAUUUUAUUGUUUGUUUGUUUGUUUUUGUUUUUUUUAAAGACCGGACCAGACGGGACCUUUAAAUCACUAAACCUCAGUGGUCGAGAUGUCAGUCAGGACGAGCAGGAAAGAUUUUACAGAAAAGAGAACAAGAGUACCCCGAAAACAGAUGAACAUCAUAAAAUCAAACACCAGUUUCUUGUUUUUAGAAGAAUCUGCUUUUCCACACCCUCUUUUUAACGUAUAUCUGCUGAUUGAGUUGAACUGAUGAUUCUUCUGAGGUAGAAAACUAACAUUAGCUGCUUUCCAGGCAAUCAGAGGUUGUUGUUACUCGGUGGUACACGUCCGCUUCCUUCCUACCGUCAUCACUCUGCUUCAACAAACACUCAGCGGCCGCUGCUGACGUGGAGGAGCGCUCGUCGCGUUCUGCUACUGACCCAGUUCUCUGAUUGAAUCGAUUAAUGUUUGAUUGCCCGGUUAAUGCAUCCGGCAGAGCGCUCCUGAAUCCACUUCAUAGUGUGAGGGCGAUAAAGGAAAAACUCUCUGCAAGAAAAGUGGCUUUGUUUAGAUUUAUACCUUCGAUGAAAAGUGUUGGUCAUGUUCCUAGUGUGUGUGUGUGUGUGUGUGUGUGUGUGUGUGUAAAGAUAUGGGCUCUGUUAUUAUUUUAGUGUUUGCGUUUUAGUGGGCGUGAAUGUGAAAAUGGACCAUUAGGUACAAAGAUAACAGAAGUACUUAGAGGGCAGGAAACACUCAAAUGAAAAUCCAUUCUGCUCACGAUGUCCAAACACACGGGCUUAAGAAAAUAUCAGACCUGUGUCAGAUUGUUCAGCUGAGUUCUCUGAAGUGGCUGAAAGCUGCCGUUAAUCACUUUAUUGUAUCUUGUUUGGAGCACGAGGUGAACGACAGAUCGCUCGCUGUAAAUAACUUUACAUUCACUUUCAAGAAAUCACCCACAGAGCGCCUCAACCGUCUAAAUGAACCCACGGAGAAUUAAUUACAGUUCAGUUUGGCCCAGGUCUUGUUAUUAUCCGCCCACUGGUGCCCUGAUGUUCCUCAGGCUGGAACAGGAGGCGUCUUUAUCAGCACACAUCUGUAGUUUCAUGCUGUACCUCGUGGCAUUGAACACUCAUUUAUACAGCAGAUGAGAUUAAAGAUAAAGCCGUUACAAAUUUGUCCCUGUGGAGGUGACGCCACACGCAGAUGCACACAAACAAAACCUGCAGACACAUUCCUCCCUCUGUUUCCAGUCCUUCUAUGUCGUCCGGUUCAGCCGCUGCAGAGAUCCUCCUCCCAUCAGACCAGACCGCUGUCAAGUAGCAUUUAUUACAGUGAGUCUGGUCGAUGGCGUCUUCAGUCAGGGACACAAACUGUAACUGUGCAGACGGAGGAACACACUACGUACAUGUACUCUAUAUACUGCAGCUGCAGGUGUGUGUGUGUUAGAGCUGCAGCCAUCAGUUAGUGGCAAAUUUUAUUUGUAAACUAUUUUUAAAAAUUUAAAAAUUCUGUUCAGUGAAACUGUCAAACGUUUUCUGGUUCCAGCUUCUUAAAUGUGAGCAUUUGCUGCUCUACUUUUUCUUUUAUGACAGUAAGAUUCUUCACUUUUAAGCUCUGGGAAAUUGUGAUGAGCAUUUUUCACAUUUCUUUGGCUCUUUAUUGAAAAACAGUUCAGUUAAUGACAAAACCGUCAUCGAAGUUGAGGUAUAGGUAUCGAUACUGGUUGCCUGUUAUUACCAAGACGUUUGUAAGUUACCCAGCCCUAACUGAUGGUGGAAAUAAUCAAUUGAUAAUCAAAAUAAUGGUGAGUUGCAGAGCUACGCUGUGCUCCAGCUCUCCUGCUGACAGUGAAUGUUCACUUUAUGGCUUCUUCAUGAGAAAGAGAGUGAACGUUUGUUUUCUAUCAGUGUUGAUAAUUCCUGAGAAGCUCAGCUAUCUACAGGUUAGGGUGGCGUUUAAUGCUCGUCAGCUGACUCUUUUGAUAAUCAAUCAGUUGGUUGGAGGGAACGUCAUCUGAUUCCAGCUUCUUAAAUGUGAACAUGUUGUAGUUUCUCUCUGUGACACUAAUCUCAGACAUUCAUCUGUGACCAUUCUAACAUUUUAGAAACCGAGCAACUAAUCGAGAAAACGAUUUACAGUUUAAUCGAGCGUGACAGUAAUCGUUAGUUUUAACAGCUGCCGUGGUUUGAAGAGGGUGUUCGGGGGGCGUUUGUCGCCAUGGUUACCGAGACGAUGCUGAGUCUGUUUUGCUGCAUUUUUUUUGAACCGCAGUGAUGAAACACUUCCUCCUCGGCGACACUCUCUGUAGCCUCACGCCAGAGUCUUGUUUUUUUACAAAGUUGAGCUGCGUAGAUUUUUAUAAAACACUAGUAACGACGCCGGCGUGCAGAAAAUGUAGUUUCCACCUCCGACAAACACGUACGAUCAGGUGAACGCUCCCCGGCUGGGCGAAGGUUAAUGGUAAACUUUGUCUCUGCCGCUUCUCUUCCUUGACAAACACUCUGGUAGGCGUUUGUACUUUGUCUCUUGGCAGCUCAGCAGAUAGUAACAUUCUCAGCGGUGUCAGUUUGUGGAUCUGUUUGGCGUCAAGAAGUGGGACAAGCCGAUAAAUGACUCACUGGUUAUGAAACGAGUUGUGACGCUUCGUGUUUGUAGCCAUUCGCUUAUAAUCAGAGAAGGAAAAGAUCGACUGAAAGACUGAAAGACAAUCAGGUAGUUCGAGUAAUUUUAGUUUGUGAUAUUUUAAGAUGAGACACUUUGAAUUUCCCCUCUUUUUUUUUUUUGUUUUUGUUUUUUCCUUCCUCACAGUCAGAAUCUCACAUUAUGAAUAUUGAUCACACUCGUUCCAGACUGCACAUAUUGAUUCAUCACGUACUGCUGUGUUUCUGGUGGUACUUUUUGAGAGGCCCGGCUGGUGGAAAUGACCAGCAAACACUUGGAUUUGUACAUUUGACAGUCUUUGUGCUUCUGAUGGGAAGAAAGUAACGUCUGUUGAGUCUUCAUCAGAGUUAAAGGCACCUUUACUCAACUGCCGUGAAAAAGUUAGGACCUUUUUUCUGAAGGCUUUCUUGACAUUUAGAGAGUCAAAUAAUAGAAUGAGAAGUACUUUUUUGUUAAAUACAGAAAGGUUAAGAGUUUCCCAACAGGUCCUGUACGGUUUUUAUUUUUACUUGUGCCCGGCUGUCUCUGUGUUGACUCAUCCACCCGCUGGUUUCAUUUUCUUUUCAGUAUCUGAGAUAAGAGGUUGAUUCUGGGCAAACCCACGUCAGGUUCUUGGAAAUCUUCAACUUUUAUCUCCAAAUCUUUUGACUUCCUAACCGACUUAAAUCCUCCACAGACGACGUCUGCUGUCUCUCGUUCUACCCGCCGUCAGGCCGAGAGACACCGAGCGCUCUCUGUGGUUUUAUUGUUACGGAUCAGCCCACAUUUGCAUUUCAUUAUCAAUGUGAAAAUCCCAAAUCUGAUCACAUGCAGGUGGACUGAGGUUUCUCUUUAGGUCGACUGUAAUGGACCAGAUUCAACUGCUGUGUGUAUGUGUGUGUGUGUGUGUGUGUGUGUGUGUGUGUGUGUGUGUGUGUGUGUGUGUGUGUGUGUGUGUGUGUGCGUCCUGUGUGUGUGUGUGUGUGUGUGUCCUGUGAGGGUGUGUUUGAGUGACUUCAUGCCUUAACAUUUAAAAUCACUACUUGACAGAUGAUUCUGACUCGACACUACGACUGUUGGAGAAGGUGAAAGGAGUCGGCGCCGCUUCUCAUCUCACAUGUUUUUAAAAGAUUAUGUAUGUAUGUAGUUUUUAAUGCCGCGGGCUGUUUGCAUCUUCUGGCUGAUGAGUUUAAAAGCUCAAUAACAUUCCUGACAGUUUAGAUAUCUGAGACCACUUCAGACUUGAGGGGGUUUUUCAGGGGUUUUUUUUAUUUUAAAAAAUACGGUUCGAGCUCCUCGACGUCUCCUUUCUGAAGGAGGUCCAGGCCCCCGAGGGCAUUUUUCAAGAAGCAGGACCGCUGGGAUUCAUGUCUGUCAGCGCCGCAGAGCUUCCAGAAUAUUUCUUCAUUAGUAGCCAACGAGCAGCUCCGGCGCUGCUCUCCUGGGUUUAGUGCCUUGCUUUAGCGGCAUCUUGUCAGACGUUUUUAAAGAUUGUCCUGUUUUGUGAGUCGUCUUGCUUCUUUGGGGGAAAAAAACCAAACAAACAAAAAUCCCUGCAGGACUCGACAGUGAACGUGUGGUGACGCUGGACCACUACUGACCAACCAGCAGCCUGCUCGAUGAAAUCUGUGACAGACGAGUUCCUGAUGGAUCGUUAAUGACGUCACUGACGCGCCUCCUCGUGUAAAAGCUCAUUCUGUUGACGUGUUUGUGUCAAACGUCAGAUUCCAGCGAGCGUUCCUGCACCCUCUUGUUUUUGUAAACUUCACUGUAUUGUAUUGUAAAAACAUAGACUUCACUUUGCAAAUUUUACUUUUUUGUUUUUGUUUUUUUUGCAAAUACAGAUUUUGUAAAAGUCA